AUGAUAGCACCCGACAGCGGUGGACCAAAAACUGAAGAUCAGUAUUUGAUUUACUCUACUAUACAGCAAAAAGUUGAUCACUUUGACAGCUCCUCAUCGGCAAUCUGGUCUCAGCGUUAUCAGUACAACUGGAAGUUUUACAAUGCAAGCAAAGGGCUGGUCUUCCUGAUGCUCGGAGGAGAAGGGUCCAUUUCUCCUCCUGGUGAUAAAUGGGUACGAGAUGAAAGUGUCACUAUGAUGCAAUGGGCCAAAGAAUAUGGAGCUGCUGCUUUUCAGCUUGAGCACAGAUUCUACGGUCCGAAGGAAAAUUCUCCCACAGGGAUGCAAGAUGUUGCUUCUUUGAAGCUUUUGACUAUUGAUCAAGCUUUGGAAGAUGUUAAAGCAUUUAUCGAUCAAAUGAAUGUGAAAUAUUACCCACACACAAAAACCCAUUGGGUAACAUUCGGAGGAUCUUACCCAGGGUCACUUUCGGCAUUUUUCCGAGAAACCUACCCAGAUUAUACCAUUGGAGCUAUAUCAUCUUCAUCCGCUGUUCAAGUCUUUGUCGACUACUAUGUGACAUAUAUAAUGCUUUUCUGA